AUGUUGAAUUGUAAAAGUGAAGAAAGUAAUUUUGAUGAAAAUGAUUUUUCAUCAAUAAUUGGAUCAAGUCUUCGAAAUGUUAUUGAAAAAAGUGUAACAGAUCUUGUAUUACCUUAUAGAAUCUUAUCUCUUUCACAUUUAUCAUCAUGGAAUACAUUUCAAAAAGAUAUUACUCAAAUUUUAAAACGAAAUUCAACAACAAAUGAAGAUUUUAUUCUUCUGAAUUAUUUUGAUUCUCAUAGAAAUUAUUUUAAUGAAAAACAAAAAGAAAAACAUUCGUAUUUUCAAUCUUUAAUUAAUUAUCCAAUGAAUUUUAUUCCAAUAAAAUCAGAUUUUGAUCGUUUAUGUCAAUUCAUGUAA